GGGGCCGGCAUGGAGGGAGGCUCGGGCCGGGCGCCUCCGAGCGGGCCUGGCCUGCGGGGCGCCGCUUCGCCGUCCGGCCCGCCGGCUCCUGGCAGUGGCAGUGGCGGCGUCGGCGUUGCUCGGGCGACCGGCCGCGUCUCUGGGCGCCUCUCUGGGCGCGCGCAGCCUCCGAGGCGGGGCGAGGAGCGGCGCAGGCCGGCAAGUGCGCGCCCCGCUCGGCGGGUGGCUUUGGCCCUCGCCCCGCGGACGCAGACCUGGGCUGGGAGGGGAGCAGAGGCCCCUUCCUGGGGAAGUGCGCGGCUGCUCCGGCGCCCAGCGGGUUUUCAUGUUGAAACUUUAAAAGCAGCUCAGGAAAACUGGCUUCCCGCCAGGAACUCGGGGGCUGCCGCGGGAUGGCAAGAAAGUGCGCUCAAUCGUGCGCACGACCAAAAAGCGCGAUCCCUGAAUUGCCCCGGAGCAUUAAAACUUUCGCAUUGGACUGAAUCCAAAGGUGUGGGAAAUGAUGCACCAGGCGCGGCAAUUCGCCGCCGAAUUUUCACUCAAAAAUAACAUCUCCACCGGCUUUCUUUCGAGCAUUUCUGCCCUACCGACAUAGGAAAGGAUACAAAACGCUCAGAAAUUGGGUGCUUUGUUUUAUACCUGCGUGUGCGUUUUAAACCUAAAAAUACAAGCAGCCCUCCCUCACCUUCGGGAUAAAAGAUAGUUAAGAUACACGAAAGAGAAUCGGGGUCGAAGAGAGCGACCCGGCGGGAGGCGGCGCGGCCGGGAGUUUUGUUCCGGGACCGGCCAGUUCAGCAUUUCUCUCGAUUCACUCGGCCGAGGGGGGGCAGCUGCUCCCCGCUGCUGAGGCCUCGCUUUCCUCGCGCUGCUCCAACUCGCUUCGCAGAAAAGCCGCUUGUUCCCGGCAGGCCCCCCCCCGGCAGCGCCCCGCCUGCUCGGGGCCAGAACUGCGCGCCCGGGCGAGUCCGAGGCUUUCUCGGAGCGGAGAUUCGCGCGUCUAGGGGACAACCCGGACCGCUGAUUGCGCGGCACUUCCGGGCGGGGCACACGCGGCCGGAAGUGGAGCGGGCCGCGUGCUCGCUCUUUCUCCGGAGGAGCCCGAAGCCGCCGCCGCCGCGAUGGGUCGUCCGCGCAAGGUGAGGCCGGGCCGGGGCGGGCGCGGGAGGGGGGCGUCCGGGGAGGGAGGGAGCGGCGCCGGCCUGCCUGCCUGCCUGGCCGCCGGCCCCGCACGAGCUCUCGCGUUCCUCCCUUGCAGACCAAGAACCAGAAGAAGGAGCGCGCCGCCGCCCAGCUGCGCGGCCAGGAGGAGUUCGGCUCCGUCCCGCACUCCUUCGUCUUCCACCGCGGCCGCGUGGGCAAGAACCUGCAGCAGCUCAUCCUGGAUGUCCGCCGCGUGAUGCAGCCCUACACGGCCGCCAGCCUCCAGGUGAGGCCGGGAAAGAGAGGCCCAGGGGAAGGAAAUGGGGGCCGGUAGGAGAGGAAUUCCAUAGCUUACAAAUGGAAUUUGGCUUAGAUGGGUUACGAUAGGAAAUGCAGAAAUUGGGGCUUCUGAUGAUUCUAAGGGGAAUAUAGGCUACUAUAUGGGGAUGAGGAAUUAAAUACACACAUAAAUGCCCAGAAAACAGUUUGGUUCUCUCUCUACAUACAUUUAAAAAUGUGUGGUCUUGGACCAUUUUUGUUCAGAACAAUAAAACAUUGCUCCAGUCAGCAUAAUCUUCUCCCUCUGACAGGGGCUGUCUAAAUUCUGGAUCAUUUAGGGGGUGGGCUGUGUGGUUGUUUUAAAAAAAUCUUGCGAACAUUUUGCCAGUUAUACAGAUCUGUGUUUAUGAAACCUGGAUCACAUAGUACCUAGCCAUUUUGCAUAUUUAAUGCAAAAUGCUAGUCCUUGCGAUUGUUUAGUUUUGUUGCAAAAGUGUUCAAGGAUGUAGUUGGGAAUGGCUGGGGGGGGGGCAGGUAGGGUAAGAAUACCAGAGGCUUUCCUGAGCACAUGUUUGCUCAAAAUGGAUUUCUAAAACUCUAGUAACUUCAAAGCAUUUUACUUCAACUAAUUUAAUUAAGUAAUUUAAAGACAAUUCUAUGUCCUAAUUUUUGUCUGGCAGCACAGACAGCAGAGCCACACUGAUUACAGGUCUUGACUUUUUCAGGUGCGCAAGAAGAACACUCUGAAAGACUUUGUGGCAGUGGCUGGACCUCUCGGUGUGACUCACUUCCUGGUGUUCACAAAAACCCCCACCAAUAUCAACCUUGUAAGUUAAGCAGUGAGAAGUUGCUGAGUGGUGGCAACAAGUGGUUCCAAUAUUGUUCUGCCCUGCUAGUCUCGUGUUUUGGUUCUGUUAGAACAGGCAUCAGCAAACUCGGCCCUUGAGAUGUUUUGAGAGUACAGUUCCCAUCAUCCCUGACCACUGGUCCUGAUAGCUAGGGAUGAUGGGAGUUGUAGUCCCAAAACAUCUGGAGGGCCGAGUUUGCCUGUGCCUGUGUUAGAAUGUGCAACUUGAAUUCUUUCUCUCUAUAUUGAUGCUUUUCAAACUCUUGUCUUCAAAUUGAUUUGUCUGUUGAGGACAAUUUUGUGUUGUCAUUGUGAAGCUUUUACUCAUGGCAGGAGAUUCUGGAGCAUGUACUAGAUUUUACAGUCAAUUCCUAUGGAGCAGUGACCAAGCUUCUUGGGCCUCAUUGCUGAGUGUGAACUGAGUACAGCCUCCUAGGACACACAAAUCCCCCUGCUUGCCCCGGACACUGAUCACUCCCUGCAAUAUGUAGUCACAGAGCAGUCUUCCCCAACCUGAUGCCAUCCAGAAGGGCACCAGGUUGGGAAAGGCUACCAUGAAGAGCAGUAUGGCAAGGCAGAAUUGUCGGAAAGGCUUGUCUGGUACUGACCCUCUCACUGAGGGAGUCCUGAUAAGCUUCUGAAGAACUUUAUCAUUCUCCAGAACCCUGCUUUGCAGGAUGGACUGUUGUGAAAGCUCAGGUCCUCUUCCUCUUAUACCCUCUGAUGGUUUUGUUGGCCCAAUUGAAGUAUCAUUGUAACUCUGCCUGAUUACCUGAUGCAAAUGAUGACAAUGUGUUUUGCUGAGUGAAACCUGUGAUUCUCACUUCAAAGUAAACGCACUGAUGCAUCUGGAUUUGGCAGAACACUAAAAGCAGAGUUUGAAUUAUGACAACCAAUCUGCCUGUGGUAGAGGCUGCUCUGAUUGAUUUCUCUCUUCCUCAGAAAUUCUUCCGUCUUCCUGGUGGACCAACCUUGACCUUCAGAGUUGCUCAGGUACCAGUUGCUGGAAAUAGUAGGGUAGGCUAGGUAGAAUACAGCUGCUUCUGAAAGACCCUUUUAUAGCUUGCUAAGGUUAGAAGGGUUUUUUGCUACCUGUUCUUUCUAGUGGGUUAUUUAUUUAUAUAUCGCCCUUCAUCUGUAGAUCUUAGGGUGGUUCACAGCAUAAAAAUACAAGAUUAAAACAAAAUACAUAAUAAAAACAAGAACAAAAACCAAGCAAACCAAUAACCACCCUCCCACUCCUCUUACAGACUCCUAAUGUGGUCUGCUGUGAAUCCUUGAUCUAGGUGAAUUAUUUAUCUAUACUUCAAGACAAUCUAAAUUUUGCAGCCUGUAUCACUUAUGUAAAUUGCCUAAUUUAUCCUGGCUUUAUCACUACUGAACAUCGUAUUCAGCCACCCCUCUAGCUUCAGGGAUUUCAGGAGUACAAUUUCCUAGCAUAUAUUUGCUGCUAUGAGGUCUAGAAACCUUUUUUUUUUUAAACGACAGCUUGAGAUGCUCAUGAAGCUGAACCAGUACCAAGUCUACAGGCCUUCUGGAUAUCGGGGUUUACAUCAAGGAUGGGCACUCCAGAUACUGCUGGAGUAUAACUCCCAUUAUCCCUGACCUUUGGCUGUGCUGGCUAGGCCAGAUGUGAGUUGUAGUCCAAUAGCAUCCAGCCCAGGUGUGAGUUGUAGUCCAAUAGUGGCCACAGGUUCCCCACCACUAGUUUACAGGUGGUGAGGAACUACCUCUUGGUGGUGGGGCACUACUGUGGUGUACUACCUCUUGGUAGUAGUACAAGAUUCUCUAUUAUUAUUAUUAUUAUUGGUUAUUAUUUAAUUAGAUUUGUAUACUGCCCUUCAUCCGAAGAUCCCAGGGUGGUUCACGAAAAAAAAAAUACAAAAUGAGAAUACAAAGUACAAGAAUACACCUCUGCUGCUGCCUCACUCAUCUGUUUCACUUCAGUAUUCGCUCAUCAAAGAUGUUGUGUCAACCCUGAAGCGGCACCGGAUGCACGAGCAGCAGUUCACGCACCACCCACUCCUGGUCCUCAACAAUUUUGGCCUUCAGGGCAUGCACAUCAAGGUCAUGGCAACUAUGUUCCAGAACAUGUUCCCUUCCAUCAAUGUCCACAAGGUAGGUGUGUGCUGGCCUGGAGACUGUGGGAAGUCAGCUUGAUGGUCCUGCUCUGCUACUCAGAUGCCUCUGGCCCUGGUCUCCCAUGGGGUGUCAUACAGGUCAGCUCUGCCCUGCUUCUCAAAAAGAGCGUAUGUUAUUCAUAACACUUGUGUCUUCUUCAUCUGCAAAUCUCAGGGCAAAUUUACUUCUGUGAGGUUGGUUAAGUGGGAAACGUGUGGCCUCAGUUAAGGUGUGUCUUGGCUUUACCAUGUUAGAUUGGAAGUGAAAGCUCACAUAGUUGGAAGCUUCUUAAUAGACAAAAAAUAUCCCUCACCUAGAAAACAUUGGGGAGGAGGCAAGAGUGGAACCUACUCCCUGAUGUGAGUUAGAGAGGUUAGUUUUAUAGAGCAUUCAGUCUGAAAUGGCGCCUCUGUGACAACAAAGCUAGUGACAGGAUGACCUCAUCCAGGAUAUAUAGAGUGCGUUUGUGAUUUAGACCUGUUUUCCAUUCUGGAAAGGGAUUGUGGAAAUUAAUGUACCGUAUUUUUUGGCCCAUAGGGCGCACCUAGGUUUUUUUGGGGGGGGGAGACAAAAAAUUAUUCUCCCCCCUCAGGCGCAGGGCUGGGGCGGGGGAAGCCCGAGCUUCCCCCGACCCCAGCCCCCAGAACAGGCUGCUAUCCGCAAGCCUAGGGAGCCCGGUGGGAAGUCGCGCCGGGCUCCCCAGGCUUGUGGAUAUCUGCCCGAAGCCCGGGGCGCGCUGAACUCAGUACGCCCCAGGCUUCGGUAUGCAGGCUGCUAUCCGCAAGCCUAGGGAGCCCGGCGGUAACUCCCGCGGGCUCCCAAGGCUUGCGGAUAGCUUCCUGAAGCCUGGAGAGCAAGAAGGGUCGGUGCGCACUGACCCCUCUCGCUCUCCAGGCCUCAGCGAAAGGCUGCAUUCGCCCCAUAGGACGCACACACAUUUCCCCUUCAUUUUUGGAGGGGGAAAAGUGCGUCCUAUAGGGCGAAAAAUACGGUAUAUCUUUGUGUUGGAACUGCAGUGCAUCUUGACGCCAUUCUUGUGCAGUGGGAAUCAUUGUAGAGCUGGAAGGGACCAACCCCUUGCCAUGCAGGAAUCUCAACAUGUCCCCCAUCCAAUUUGAAGCCAUACCAGACCCUACAUAGCUUGGCAAAUGUGCUAACAGUCUUUUUACUGCUCCAUAUGUGGUUGGGCUCCAGCUCCCACCAGUGCCAGCAGCAGGGCCAAUGGGCUGGAAUACUGUGAGCUGUAGUCCAGCUACAUCUGGAUGGUUGCAGGCGCCCCACCUCUGCCUAACUGGAACCUUCCUAUGAAUUGGAAUUCCUUACCCAUUAAAAGGAAGCAAGGAACAGGGAAGUAUCUGCUCGCAAAUGGUCCUCAUAGCGCAAUAAAAAGGUAAAGGGACCCCUGACCAUUAGGUCCAGUCGCAGACGACUCUGGGGUUGCGGCGCUCAUCUCGCUUUAUUGGCUGAGGGAGCUGGCGUACAGCUUCCGGGUCAUGUGUUUGAUACCAGGGGCACUUGAAUUAAAACUGGAGGGAUGUGUCACUUGCACUUAAAGAGAUGCAUAUACAUUUUCUUGGUCAGUUCUCAGGACAGUGGGCUAACCCCCCUCCCCGCAUCAUUCUGCCUUCAGUUCUAUUUCUUCCCACCCCAGUCAGGACUGGGCUCAUGUUUCCUCAGCAGUGCUGGUGCUUCUGGGAUUCCCUGUGUCUGUUAGCUGCGGGGUAGAGGGUGGUGAGGGAAUCUCUAGAAUAUUGUAACUGCAUUUCCAUUGAGGGAUGGGGUUCAGUGCUGGAUAGAAGACCUUCCUGCUCCAGUAGGCAUAGAGCAAUUCAGAGUGAUGACAUCAGUAUUGUGGCCGUUAUUUUUUUUAAGGGACACCUCACCCCUUCUUGCCACCUUAGUUCUAAUGGUGGAACAGAUGCAAAUGAUGAUAGCAUACCUUUGACAUGCUCUGUGAUGGCGCUGGUGCAUCUGUGCUUGGCUCCUUUAUGGAGGUCCUUCUGCAGUUGGUGCUUCUAGCAUUAAGCUGUGGCAAGUACAGCCUGUCUUCUUGAGAAACUCUAGGCCACGGUUUGUGGGCAAAUGAGGCAGAACUAGUCCUGAGCUGCUUGGGAUUUUGUGCUUUGUUUCUGGAUUUGAUUCUUUUGUGGACAAGUAGGAUUCCCAAGGUCCUUCACUGGAUAGCACUCACUUUAUAUGUAAAUACCUAACACUCGUCACUAGUGGGGAAAGAUUCCAGGGAUAUAAGAACAGGAUGAAGCACAACCAUGAGUUAAACUUACUCUGAAUCAGCACUGUGUUUUUGGAUACAUUGCAUUGGUAAGUCAGGGGUCCCUUUACCUUUUUAAGCUCAGUUACCGAAGUUGGAUACCUAGAGCUGGCUACAGCUAAGUUGUGCACUAGUAGAAGCUAGCACAUUGAGUCCUGCUAGCAGAAUGGGACUUCCUGUCUCUCCGCCCAGAAAGGUCAAGAGAAGCCCCAGGAGGAGGAGGAGAAGGAAGAUCAUUCCGUCUGCCAAGCAGAAAUGCUUGUGCAGACAGAACGAUUGCCUUAGCACAAUGUUGAAUUCCACCUCAAGAGUACUAGGGAAAUUGGGUACUAGGCCUCCUGGGUUCUAUAAAGGCUGUCAGAGCUAGGGAAUCUUCAUUGCCACCUAAAGUACUUGUCAGAUGAGGAACUUCAUCAUCAUCAUCAUCAUUUAUUAUUUAUACCCCACCCAUCUGGCUGGGUUUCCCCAGCUACUCUGGGUUGCUUCCAAAAAAAUAUUAAAAUACAGUGGUUUGUUAAACAUUAAAAGCUUCAGCCUUCAGAUGUCUUCUAAAAGUCUGGUGGUAGUUCUUCUCUUUGACAUCUGGUGGGAGGGUGUUCCACAGGGCGGGUGCCACUACCGAGAAGGCCCUCUUAUGCCAUAUUGUGAGCCUUGGUUCUCAUGCUGUUGUGUUCUCUUUUCUUCUACCCUGCCCCAGGUAAACCUUAAUGCCAUCAAGCGUUGUGUACUGAUCAACUAUAACCCAGACACCCAGAUCCUUGAAUUCCGUCAUUAGUAAGUAUCUUCUGUCUCAUGCUGUGCUCCUCCCCAGUGCUGAAGGAUCUGCAUCUGCAAGAGGGACAUAUUGCAUGCAUGGCCACUUUCAUAAACUAUAUUUUAAUUAGUCUGUGUUUGCAGUUCAUUGUUUGUGUGCCAGUCCGCAUUAUGCAUGUCAAACAUUCAUAUUAUUGUGCUCAUUAAACAAAACACUGUUUUGCACUGUAAGGAUGUACACUCAGGGAAGAAAUACUUCUUUGUGGCUUUGGUUUGAUGAUAAAAGAUAAAGCUCAGGGCAGCAUACCAGGGGUACAUCCUAUUUUAUCCUUGCAAUGUAAAAUAGUAUAGACCAGGGGUCACCAACCUUUUUGGACCGGGGCACGUUUCAGAUUUUGAAAGAGUGCAGUUUGCACUAGUCACAAAAUGGUACAAUAUGGCUGCUGGGGGCGGGGCAUGGCAUGGCACAAAAUUAAGAGAGUAGCCACAGUGAAACGUUUCCUGUAAUUGUAUUUCUAUAUAAGAAAGGAAGACAGGAGUGCCUGGCGUGCUCUGGUCCAUGGGGUCACGAAGAGUCGGACACGACUAAACGACUAAACAACAACAAAUAUAAGAAAGGGUUUAGCCUAUUGAAUUUCAGCCUGACACACAGCAAUUAAAGGCACAAGAAUCCUGUUUGCCUCCAAUUCCAACCAUAAACCCAAGCCUAGGAUUCCAUCCUGCACCUACUUACAAAUAUUACUUCUGAGGAAAAAUGUACACCAUUGUUCUGUAAGUUAACUAGUUAGUGAAUUCUUAAUGCAUGCCAAGUUUUAGCUUCUGCACAGCAGGAGGCAUACCCAAGCCUCUUAGCAAUGUUUUCACAUUUGCCUUUGGAGGGGAGGGAGAUUUAUUAUCCUCCAUCCACACUUGUUCUGUCGUAGUACUUGCAGAAAAUAGCUUCUAGGUGUGCCUGAUCUCAGAUAAGCCACCACAGGAAAGAUGCAUUCUGGGAGUUAGGAGGAAAAGAAGGGCAAACUAGGUGAACAUGGUGAGAGUGUGGUCUGCUGGUGUGUCUCUGGUCUUAAUCUGAAACAAAACAUUCUGAUGAAUCUUAAGCCGCUUGGGAACAGGAGUUUAAGGGAUUGCUGUCUGGUGGUGUCACACUACUUUCUUCCUUUUCAAGGUGUUUUUUUAAAAAAAUAUUUUAUUAAGGUGAUUUCAAUUAAAGUGAUACAGAAAAAAAGAAGGAAAAGUGAGAGGGAGAAAACUAAUAACAAAUAUACAUAUCAAAGUGAAAAGGGUUUUGAACCCUGGAAAAUUUAUCUAACCAACAUUUUUUCUAGUAUAUUAUGCCACCUGCCUUGUUGGGGCCCAGAGCAACUGGAAGACAGCCAGGUCAUGGGGAUACUUCCCUGGAUAAAGUGAGGAUCAAGGAGUUUGCCCCUGAAUCUAACAGCUAAAUUUUCUAGAUUGUAUUCCACACCCCUAGCUGGAAGCCAAGCUUGUUUCCAGAGUUGUAAGAAGAUUAUGUCAGCUAAUAUAGGAGCAAGGCAGGGAUAGCUCCUGCCCAGAUGAUAAUGUCAGCACAUCACAUUUCACAUACUGACCCUUGCCAGAGGCCUCAGGCAGAAUAGAGAAGAGUCUUUCCUAGGCCUGCAUCCAAAUAACCUUUAAUUGGAGACGCCAGUGACUAAAUUUAGGACCUGGUACAUGGCAGGGCAUAUCUGCUCUGCCUCCUCCACCCUUACCCACCAAAGACAAUAGCAGUGGCUUGCUCCCCUUGCUUGAUGGAAUGCCUCCACGCACCUCUCCUGCCCUUUGUGUUUUGCAGCAGUCUGAAAGUGGUGCCUGUGGGAAUAAGCAAAGGGCUGAAGAAGAUCAUGCAGGAGAAGUUUCCUAACAUGAGCCGUCUGGAGGACAUCAGUGAACUAUUGGUUAGGUGAGAAAAAGACCCUCCACCUCCCCAUAAAGCUAAGCCCCCACUCCCACCCCAUUCAAAGUGUAGGUUCAUUUUGGGUCCUGGGGCAGGUUGAGCUGUUCUUAGCAGAGCUAGAGACUCAGUAGAGACUAAUGGUUUGUGAAUAAGGCAGGAUGUAAGGAGGUUUGUGCAUUUUGGGCCCUCUUUCAUGAUGCCCUUGCUCUUAUUUUCUGUUCCUUUUUACUUCUUCGUGUAUGUUUAAACUCCUGUGGAAUGCCAAACCAGCUUGAUUCUCAUGCUCCCACUGAUACAUCCUCUUCUUUAUUGGUGCCCAUUCUUUUUCCACCCCACUUCUUCCCUUGUGUGUCUCACCUUGCUUGCACUGUAAGCCUGAGGACUGUAAGGCUAGUGUCUUUUCUUGCCUUGUUUUAUGUGCAGAGCUCCUCUGUUAGCAGCAUGCCAGGAAUAAUAAUGUUUUCCUUCCCUCCCUGCAAUGCAGAGACAUCAAUCUUUCUGAGAGUGAAGCUGAGCAAGAUGGCAGUCACAACACCACAGAGCUGCCUCAGGCCUACGCUGGCCGGGGGAACAUGAAGGCCCAACAGAGUGCUGUCCGCCUCACUGAGGUCAGGCCAUGGAACUCUGGAGCUCACAGAAUGGGAGUGGGUGAGGGGGGGCAGCAGAGAGCUGACCUCUGCUCUUCCAGCUGCUGUCUACUUUGGCAGUGAAAGUCCUGAUCAUCCAAACUGGGAUAGCCAUGAGGGCUGCCAGGUGGUGGUGGUGAUGGUAUCUCUGAACUAAUGAAGUCUCUGCCUCUUUUCCCAACAGAUUGGCCCUCGAAUGACCCUGCAACUGAUCAAGGUGGAGGAAGGGUUAAGCCAGGGCAAUGUGCUCUAUCACAGCUUCAGUGAGUGUCUUCCCCGUUCAUGAAGCCCUCCUCUCCUGAGCUUCUAUGUGGAAAACAAUACCCCCCACCCCCACAAACACAUUUAAAAGGCUCUAGAAUAUUAAUCAGCCAAAGGCCUGGUUGAAGAGGAAUGUUUUUGCCUGGCGCCUAAAGGUGUAUAAUGAAGGUGCCAGGCAAACCUCCCUGGGGAGAGCAUUCCACAAAUGGAGCCACUGCAGAAAAGGCCCGUUCUUGUGUCGCCACCCUCCCGACCUCUUGAGGAGGAGGCACACGAAGAAGGGCCUCAGAGAAUGACCUCGGGUUCUGGGUUGAUUCAUAUGGUGAAAGGCGGCCCUUGAGGUAUUGCAGUCAUCAUCAUCAUCAUUUUAUUCGUAUGUCGCCUUUCCACAGUUAAAAACAAUGCUCAAGGCGGCUUACAACAUGACAAGAUUUACAUAAUUACAAAAGUCAUAAUAAAUAAACCACAUCAAAAUUACACAACCAAAUGGAAAACAAUUUCCACAUAAAUCAAAAUCUAAAACUAAGAAUACAGCAUUAAUAUAACAGUUUAAAAUGACAUAGGUAAAAAAAUAACAGCAAUUUCAAAAACAAAAAUGGAGCCCUCUCUGCCCAGCGACAGCAGUCCUUUAUGGAGCCCGUCAGGCCCCGCCCUGGGCCAGGUGGUGAGUGGCAGGACCCUCAGGUGCUGAGCAGGGGAGUCCUGAGCCAUUUAAAGCUUUAUAGGUCAAAAACAGCAUUUUGAAUUUAAAGGUGGGGGGAAGUUAAAGUGAAUAGCUAGGGGUGUACCCCAGUAUUAAAGAUAUUCGACAAUAAGUCUGUAUAACAUCCAGCCAUGUUCAACAGUGCAUGAAUAAAUCUGCCAUUGCUGCCUCCCCAGAACAGCAAAAACAGUCUGUUGGGCAUCCAAGCAUGUUGCAUUCAGGUUGGUGAGCCUGUUGUCAGCCAUUGUCUUCAGUUGCUGAGUUGUGUUAGUGGUGCCACCGUCACUUUCUUAGAUAAAAAGCACUUGUAUGUGAUACCUGCUCCCACUGGGUUCCCAGCUGCCCUCUAAGGGAGUAGAUAUUGAGUGGAACGCAAUCACUCCAUUGGUGAAGCAUUUAAGCUUGCCAGAUGGAAUGAUCUCUCUUGGAGCCCGCCCACCCCAGUUCUGGGGUUUCUACCCUUCCCCACCUGCCAGUUGGGGAGAGAAGCCCCAGUUCCACUAGUGGGACUCAUUAGGUUGGCUCCCGCUAAGCAUAACUGCUUAAUUGAAUCUAUCCCCAUGUGUUUGUUUUAUACUUGCUAAUGUGUAGUGUCAACGUUCACAGCUGUUGGUUUUAAUUUCUCACUCCUGCCCUCAGUUUAUAAAACGGAGGAAGAGCUCCAGGCGGCCCUGGCCCGGAAAGAGGCGAGGCUGCAGCUGAAGGCUGAGCGGCGCCGCAAGCAGGAGGCAGAUGUGGAACGCAAGCAGGAGCAGAAGCAGGCUCACAGGUGAGGGAGAGAAGAGCCAGAACCUUGCGUCCCACAAAGCUGCUGUCCCUACAUGCACACAUUCCAAAGUAGCAUGCUGCUUUGCUUUGGGAGGACCGAUAUAUGCACUUGUGAUUGUAUUGUUGGUUUGCGGGCUGCAGGAAGAAGAGUCUGGAGGGGAUAAAGAGGAAGAAGAAGCAGGCAGAGGGAAGUGACAGUGAUGCGGAGGACCCUGGGAUGCAAGAGGACCAGAAGGUGGAUGAGCCAUCAGACGAUGACAUGGAGUAUUAUCGGCAGGAAGUAGGAGAAGAGCCUGAUGAAGGUUGGUAUCUAAUUACAUAAAAAAAUUCCUUCCAGUAGCACCUUGAGACCAACUAAGUUCGAUGCAUGUAUCUGAAGAAGUGUGCAUGCACACGAAAGCUCAUACCAAUAACAAACUUAGUUGGUCUCAAGGUGCUACUGGAAGGAAUUUUUUUAUUUUGUUUCGACUACGGCAGACCAACACGGCUACCUACCUGUAACUGGUAUCUUAAUUAGUAGUGCUGAAAAGACUUGGCAGCUAGGGGCCCUCCUGGAUGCAGCUGAUGAAAACAGUUGUGCUUCUGAGCAUGAGCUGGGACACUUGCAAGGUAAACGCUCAGGUGCAUCUAUCCAAGGGGAGAGGGAGGGAGGGACACUGCAUGUGUGAAUGCUACCUCCUAGCUUCGUAUGGACCACCAGUUAUACCUGUGUUACAUGUAAUAGUCUGCUCAGAAGCAGCCACCGUCCCACCCUUUUACAUGGGACCCUGUCCUAACUUUCUGACCUUGAGUGAUGUUCUUCCAGAGUGACCAGAUGCAGAGGAAGGGAAAAUUUUAUCAGCAAUUUCCUAGUCCAGCAGGACAAGUUGCCACCUUCCAAAAUUUCCCCUUUGUAAUCUACAAUGCUACAAGUUUUGUUUUUCUCUUCCAGCAGCUCUCUGUUUUUCUGAGGGUCCUGACAUACCACUUGAAGACCAGUGGCCUAAAGAGCCUUUUGGACUUCAAGGCAGCGUAGAGGCUGCAGCUAUCUUUAUCUUCUCUCCUUGUGACCCUCCUUUAGAUCUGUUUCCCCAAAGCGCUAAGAGGAAACGAAGGCCCAGUCAGUCCACCAGAGCUGGGAAAAGGCAUAAAUGCACCCAUCCUGCUGGUGACCAGAGCCCAGCAGCAUCUGCAGGGACCAGCACCAAGGCAAGGAAGCAGAGGAGCCCACGGCCCGUCCAGUGGAAGCAGCAGAAGUUGAGAGGCUUCUCUCCUCGACAGCCCAAGGGGGCCCAGAGUCAGCAGCCGAGGGAGGCUGGUCAGCCCGCGGUGCAGCACAGAGUGUCACCAAAGGCCAGGAGGAAGCGGCCCCAGGCCCCAGGGCAGCACCACACCUGGCGGCAGCCUGGCUCAAGGCCCUGGGGGCAGGGCAAGUCUGGACUGCGGCAGAAGCCGGUGCUCAAAGGGAAAGGAAGCUUCCGAAAGCCCGGACGUUCAGGGAAGAGGCCAGCCUAGAGCCCUGGGCCUCCCUCUCUUGGUUUUGUAUAGCUGUUUGCAGGAUACAUAUACCUACUGAUUCACCGUGAGCUGCCUGCCUUUGUCUGACUGUCUCUGUGGGGCUUGCUCUUUCCCCAUUGCUUUGCAAGGCACAAAUAUCUUUGAAUCGCUACAGAAUUGGCCAGCGGUGUCUGUCAGCUGGAUAUGGUGGCUGAUAAGGCUUGUUUGCUGGCAAGGGGAAACGGAGCAGGGGGAAAUCAGUUGUUGCUGGAAUAGUGGGCGAUUGAAGACAGCUGAAAAGUGUGGUGGCUGGUAUCCACUGGAACUGGUGAGGCAGAAGGGAGAGAGGCCAACAGUAAGUGGAGCCCGAGCCAAAAGUGGGCCGAUCCCAUUCAUUUUGUUUUCUGCCUCUUCCUAGAAGGGCAACACUGAUAAUAAGGGGGGGGGGACAGAUUGGCAUGCCGUUUUGCCCCCUGAACUGAUUGUAAGUGAGAAGGCAGGUGCGGGGGCAGGCAGGCUGAGGUUGGUGAGGCAAGUGCCUAGUUUGUCCUCUUGGGCCAGGCUGAUUCCUUCACGCAAUAUGUAGUGAUGGCUGCCAUUGCAAAUGUCUUUUCAGGGAGGAUAAUUCUUAGCCAGCAAGCCUAGUAGUCACUGAUACACAUUACCUCCAUUAUCAAGUGUCAAUAUGCCUUUGAAUAACUCUUGUUGGAGAGCAACAGUGGAGAGGGUGGCUGCAUUUGUGUUUUGUCUCUGGGUUUCUCACAGGCACCCGACAACUGAGAACAGGAUAGGUCUUUGGACUGAUCCAACAGGCUCUUCUUAAGUUCUUAACUGUGCAGCUUAUUGAGGGUAUAGUUCAUAACUAAUUCUGUUCUACUCUUCUUUGCUCUUUUUAAAAGUAAUUUAAAUUACUUUUGGACGCUCCUUAAAAUGGGCCAUGGAGCACCAGUGACCCCGAGGUUGUUGGAUUCCAGCUCCCAUCAUCCCUGACCACUGGCCACGCUGGCUGGCUGGGGCAACUGGGAGGUGGAGUCCACAAUUUCUGGGGAGCCACGCGCUCUCCAUCCCUGCCUUUGAAGGUGGUCAGAGCAAGAUAGACAAAGUGUGGAUAUUCCCCUUUGAGGAGACCCAUUUGUCUGAGAAGUGGUUGAUACUUGAUCACACUGUUACGGUGAUGAGAUUCCAUGAGCAAUUUUCAAUAGUUUUCUGGUCUCAGAAUGAGACCCAUUAAAGGAAAUUGCUGCUUAGCCAUGACCACUCUACAGAUUCUUCAUAGUUGUGUCCAUGUUUGGAAUUCCGAAAGCCUUGCCUUCUGAAAUAAUAGUAAGAGCAAGUAUUCUAGUCCUCAUGGGCAAGACAAUUUUUAGAAUAGUGAUCUCUGUGGCUCAUUUCAGGCAUCAAGCUGAACCAUGGUUAACACAGCUUGGCAUGAUAAUCUCUCAUUGUUAAAGCAGUUGAUUUAAGAGGUCCUUAUUUAGGUUUCUCUGUCUUUUUGCCUGAGAGAACAAAACACCACUACAGCUGUUUCUCCCCCAACAGGAAAAAAACUUAUGUGAGAGACAGAUAAAUGGAAAUGAUAAAUGGAGCUCUCAAAGUGGCAAUCACUAGCAUCCUUAAUAGUCUGCACCACAUUUUGACUGUCAGAGGAAUGCUCCAUAGGAACUCAAAUGUCCAUCAAAAACUGGAGAACAUUUCCUUUUAUCUUAAGGUGGGUGUGGGACCUUUUCUCUGACAGGACUCUUUAGGCCUGAAAUUUGCUUAUAAAAUACUAAGCAGCCAUCUGUACGUUGAUCAAGAGAAAUAUAUCUUAUAGGAACUACAUACCCUUCAAUCUAUCCCUCCAUUCCUGUUUUGGUGACUGCUGAAUUUAGGCUGUAAACAUGUUUGAGAGGAUCCACAAAGUGUCCAGUUUUCUGUCCUGUUUGAAAAGCUCUUUGCCAAAUGUUUUCUUCAAGUCCAUGUGUCUCACCUUUCGCCUUCGAGUCAUAAGUUCGUUGGCAUCUGUCUGUCUCAAGACAAUGGAGUGUGCCUCCUGGGGCUAAGUCAAACCACUGGAGAAUUACAGCGCCUGCUGUGGCUGCAGAGUCUGUUAACUGCUGCCUCCAGCUUUGGUUUUGCCGUGUUAGCAGCACUGAAGUGACCUUUCCGGCACAAGCCUGGGCAGUGUGGAUGGAGGUCCUGGGUUGCCCAGACAACAAGACCACACUCUUGGCCCCACCGAUGUGGUCCAAAGGAAAGGAAAACAGUACAUUUGACACUAGGUUGGUUGCAGGAGUUGCCGGAAGGAGACGUACAAGACACCAUCCAACUGUCUUAGAUACUCCACUCUAGAUUUGUGUUACGUUUAUUCCUUCGCCUUUUCUUAUUCCAAAGAUGUCCUGCCAAAAAAGUGGGUAUGGGUUUCUCCUCCUCCUCCUGAAGCCUUUCUCAUAACUAGGUAAAGAUGUGAGGCAGUGGAGCUUUGGAUCAGAAUUUUACUUCUCCCAUGUGGGCUACCUUCUCAGGUUGUUGAGCCCCAUCCACCUCUCACUUCCAUCUCCAGCACAUGCAAAAGCCACCUUGACCAUUGGACCCACUACUCAAUACGCUGAAAGCUGUUUUCUCAUAGAAUCAUAGAGUUGGAAGAGACCACAAGGGCCAUCGAGUCCAACCCCCUGCCAAGCAGGAAACACCAUCAGAGCACUCCUGACAUAUGGUUGUCAAGCCUCUCAGGCAGGGGAAGUCCCUAUCUCCCCAAGCCGGCCAGUUGAAGCCAUUUCUUGGGUGUUGCCACUUGCAUACUGACAGCUUCAAGGAGUCACAGGUGAGAGCUGGAAACCAAAGGUGGACAAAGUACCCCAGAAGGAGCACGACAUCUCCCCCACUAAAGGGACUACCCCUCCCCAACACCCCAUAAUUGGCAUGACCCAGCUAACUUUAAACAUGCCCAAAUCAAUGGAAAUUGAAAACAUUUUAACUCUUGACUGGAUUGUGCCCAACCAGUUCUGCAGUUUGUAUCAACUCUGCUCAGGAGCCAUGCAGGGCGCUGAAACUUACCAGGUAUUAUUUUUAUUUGACUUGUUAAUCACUUGUUUCCAAAAGGUCUUUAAGCAAUUUAGAAGAAAUCUAUUCUAAUGAUUUCAAGCAUACUUUGCACCUUGUGCUGUUGCUUUGUUUGGGUGGAAUUGCCUUGUGCCUCCAGGGGCCAAGUCAAACGACCUGAGAGUUAAGACCUGCAUGAGUUCCCUAAGGUUACAUUCCUUAAGCAGUUGGACUUUUGACCAAGUAGUACUUGAUCUUUAAGUUUAUAGGACCUUCUGACUAUUUCUUCCCUCCUCCCAGUGAAGCAGACUUCUGUUUUUUUUUCUUUUAAAAAAUCCUUUCACCAUAGAACAACAUUUAAUUACAGACAUACAGUAAUAAAACAUCCCACUCUCACCCAGAACCUGAUAUUUGCAUGCAAAAUAAUAACAGAAGUUCUUAUCUGAGACACAUAUUUGUAUAGAAGGCGAUAAAUGGUUGAAGUUAACCAAUACAGUCUUAUGAGAGGAGUCCUCUAGUUUGGAUUUUAGCCAUGUACUGUAUGUAAUAAAGCUGUGCCACUGAAAUACAAAUGAGUCUUUGCUUCAGGCCUUGUGCCAAUUUUCUUUUUAAAAAUUUC